AUGGAAAAGAGUAUUUAUAUAUUGGUAUUUAAUAAUAGUGUAUUAUCAAAGAUAAUAUUCAAUUAUGUUAAUAAUAUUUCAAGUUUAAACGGAAGAAAGCAUUUCAGUUGGAAUGAAGUUGUUAGAAUUCCACAGGUUCUAGUAGCUCAUAACUACUUUGAACAGCUUAAGCAAUGUAUGUCUAGUAAUACGAAAAUAGAUAGAGCACCUACACUUAAGCUUGCUAUCAGGUUUGGUAGUGUCGAAAUGCUUGCUUAUAUUAUCAAUAGAUUAAAACUCGAUCUAAAUUCCUAUCAGUCAUGGAGUACCUCGCAAUCUUAUUUCGGUUUUGGUGAUAUGUCCGACCACUUCCCAGAGCAUUGCGAUACGAUCAAUAGUAUAUUGUGUUACGCUUCACAACAUGGAAGAAUGGAUAUUGUUCAGUAUCUCGUUGAAAAAUACACUCGAUACCAGUGGAAUUACUAUCGUGCAAUGGUGAUGGCACCGCUCUCUGACAGCCUAGAGAUGUUGAAAUACUUUACCGAGAAACAUAACAAUAUACCGAAUGAGCGGUUCGAUAACUAUGAGUUUAUCAGUACGGUGUUUGAGACUGCUGCAUUCAUUGGUAGAAUAGAUAUGUUUGAAUAUCUACUGACCGAGCAAGAAAAGGAUUUGAAAAAAAGUAAAGUUGUUUGUAGAGUUGCAGUCAAUGGUGGACAUCUACAGUUGGUCGAAUAUCUAUUGAAGAAUCACAGAGACUUGGUGGAGAAAGAAUCGAGUGAACUUCUAAAUAUUGCAAGCAAAAAGAAUUGCUCUGAUAUCUUUCACCUCUUGUAUAGCAAUGGUAUUCAAACGUUUACAGUUGGUGUAAUGGAUUGUUUUUUAGAUCACGGCAAUAUGUCGAUAUUGCAGUGGUUACACGAGAAUACGACUGCUACAUGCACUGCCUUGGCAAUGACAUUUGCUGCUUCGCAAGGCAAUAUCGAGUGUCUACAAUGGUUGCAUGCUAAUCGCACCGAGGAGUUUGAAGAGGAAACCAUUGCUUACGCGGCAAAGAACGGUCAUUUCGAAUGUGUAAAGUGGCUACAUGAGAAUCGAUCGGAAGCAGUUUCACAACAGGAAAUGGAGUACGCAGCAGAAAGCGGUCACUUUGAGAUCAUGAAGUGGUUGCGGAUUGUUAGACAUACACCUCCUCGUGGUACAAUCUGGGCAACUAGCUCGACGAUCAUGUCGAUGACUAGGCUAAGAUAUGUCAACUAA